ACCAAUUAAUAAUAUAUGAUCAGUAAAUCAAAUAACAUUUGUGGGACAGUAGUAGUAGUAGUAGUAGUGGUGAUGGUUUGGCCAACGGUAUUGAUACUACUGUUACUAGUGUUAAGUGAUGACCACCAUAUUGGCGGCGGCGGUGGCGGCAGCAGCGGACAAGUGUUGGCCGCAUCGGUAAUCAAGGGUAUCGAUUGUCCGACCGAAUACGGUAAUGAUAAUACCCAACUAAACAUUGAAUGGGAAGCGUUAGACUGUGCCCGUAGUAAAUGGUUUACGCCUAUUACCGGAUCCGAUCCUGAACUUAGACAUUGUUGUAGUCGUGUCGAUGAAAUCCAAAUGAGAUAUCAAUUGUUUUAUAAACUGUGCACAAUUAGCUCACCAAAUGAUGCCAACCUAACCUAUUACGUGGAUCUAUUAGAUCGUCAAAAACUAUGCAAAUCGGAUAAUCAUAUAGACUAUGAUAAGUUACGGUGCGAUAAACAACCGGUCGAUUUAGAUAACGAUGAUUGUCUGUAUUAUAGACAAAAAAUUUUGAAUGAAACCACUGGUGGUAUCGAUUGUACGACUGAACCAUAUAAUGAUAAAACCCGACAAAACAUUGUUUAG